AAUGCUGCUGGUCUGGUGGUACCUGGUGGCCGCCUUCUCCGUCACCGACGCGCUCCUCCUUCAACCGAUGACCGCCGCAGCCGUCGCCAAGGAGACCUGGCAAAAGCCCGGCUGUCACAAGAUCGGACACACCAGGAAGAUCAGCAUACCGAACUGCAUCGAAAUCAAGAUUACGACGAACGCGUGUCGCGGUUACUGCGAGAGUUGGGCCGUCCCGUCGUCGACGAACAUCUCCUGGACGCAACCCGUGACCUCGGUCGGUGAAUGCUGCAACAUCAUGGACAGCGAACUGCAGGAGGUGCAGGUGUUCUGCGUCGAAGGCGUCCGCACCCUCACCUUUAAAAGCGCCAUCUCUUGUUCAUGCUACCAUUGCAGAAAGUAUUAAACAAAAUGAAAGAAUUAUCCGAAGAAAACAAAAAAAUAACGACAAAACAACAAAAUGAAGAACGAACAAACGGUUCAUUUUCCAGAGUAAAUUAUUGUUUUUUUUUUGAAUUGAAAACUCGUAGGCUUUGCUGGUAACCAUGGAUACAAAAUAGAUAAAUUAGAGAGACAUGACAGGUCACGGUGUUGUUAGGGAAACUUGUAAAUUGAGGU